AUGUGGCCGACGCCGUCUGUUAAACUUGCGGUUGCUUCAACAGUUUGCGUCCGCACUUGGUACCAGGUUACACUGCCGUUCGCACUGCUCGCGUCAUCUUUGUGUUUAAAUUUCAACUGUACUGAAGUUCAGUUACUGAACAGUUUUUCAUGCAGUUGA